CACUGCACCUUGCGAGUAACGAAACGCAGUUGUGUCAAAUCAAUAAACCCGACCAAAAUAAGUAGGUACGUUUUAGCUUAAAGUUUCCAUAUAAGCAAUGCCUACGCAAAUAGGUAGUGUUACACAGUAGAAAUCGACAAAUAAUAACACUUGAAUUAUUGAAUAUUUUUACUGUUAGCUUAAGAAUUGUAUAUAAAUAAAAUAUGCAAUACAAACCAACAAUAUAGUGAGAAAAUAGUGUUCGCUAAGUAUAGAUCCAGUUAUAGUGCCUAAUUUGUACAAAAUGAGUGGAGCGAACAGUAUGGAAAUGCCGGAGGAUGUAUCGAAACAGUGGGAAAUCCUUCUCCUUCUGUUGUCUUCUGAAGAAAAGAAGAUAGACAGAACGUGUGACUGCGAAGUGGACACGAUGAACUACUUUUUGAAGAAUGAAGGAGUGAGAAAAAUCCUACUCCACUGGCUCGGCCAAAUGCGCUCAAGCUAUGCCCGUAAGACCAGCGACUCGGACACCACCCUCAAAUGCGACUCCGUCUCCCUGCUGUGGCGGCAGCAGGGCAACGAAAAGUUCAGAGCCAGUCUUCUGCUUGACAGCUACGAGUGCUAUAACAAGAGUGUGCUGUAUGCCACACAGGAUGGAGAUAUGUUCCCUCUCGCUCUGGCUAACAGGUCUGCAGCGCUGCUCAGGAUGAAAAGGUUUAAGGAAUGUCUCUCCGACAUAUCCCUAGCCCUGUCGCACGGGUACCCGCGCGAGCAGCGUCACAAGCUGCUGCUCCGGCGCGCGGACUGCCACGCGGAGCUCCGGGCCCGGACCGAAGCCCUGGCGGCGCUGGAUGAGGCGCGGGCCCAUGCGGCGCAGCUCAGACUGUCCCCGGCUAGUACUGCGGAGUUCGAGCGACUUGUGAAAAUAAUGGAAACCAAGAUGGCCGCCCAACAGGAAGCGGAAGUGACGAGUGAGGGGCCUUUGCCCGAGCUGUAUAUGGGCGAGAACCCCAACUUUGUGUCCGCUUCUAAUGCUAUAGAGUUAAGGCAAAACGAAACAGUAGGUCGGCACGUGGUUACGACCGCGCCAACACGUCGAGGCGACGCGCUGUUCUCGGAGGAGCCCUACGCGUGGGUGGCGCUUCCCUCGCCCGAGCCCGUCUGCGAGGGCUGCGGGGCCGCGGCCACCAACCCUGUGCCGUGCGUCACAUGUUCCCGCUCUAUAUACUGUUCCGUGGAGUGUCGAGUCUCGGCGAGCCACCAUCGCUGGGAGUGCCCUGGAGCGACCUUCAGCCUCUACCCCACUAUCGGCAUCGCACAUUUAGCCCUCAGGGUCCUGCUGGUGGGCGCGGAGGCCGGCUUUCCCCCGCUUCCCCCCUCAGAAAACCCUCAGACCGCUAUGGAGCUUUUUCAGGGCUACGCGCAUGUGCAAGUGCCGCUAUAUGCGCGCCAGACGCAUCCCUUUCACAGGAUGUUUGGGCUACUCAACAAUUUCGACAAAAUGAACAACACAGACUAUAUACAAUACGCGCUGACUGCGACUAUGCUGACGUUAUAUUUGGAGAAUUACACAAAGUUCUUCAGUUACCUGCCUUCUAGGGUGCCUUACCCGUUGUCCCAAGGUCAGCUGCGGCUCUUCGCGGCUGCGCUGCUCCUACGGGCCCUGGGUCAACUGGUCUGCAACGGCCACGCCACGCUCAGCCUGGCCACCGUGGACCACGAGGACGGGCGGACAGUGAGCGAGCGAGAGGUGCGACGUGCGACAGCUAUAUACCCUUCGGCGGCCAUGAUGAAUCACUCGUGCGACCCCAACAUUAUCAACACGUUCUACCGUAACCGGUUGAUAGUAGUGUGUGCGCGGGAACUGCCAGCCAAUACCGAGGUGUUAAACUGCUACGGGCCGGCGCGGUCCCGCGAGCCGGCCGCGCACCGGCGCGCGUCGCUGCGCGCACAAUACAUGUUCACCUGCAACUGCGACGCGUGCACCGAUCCCCAGGACGGGGUGCUCCUGUUUUCCGCGUACCUGUGCCAGUCGUGCAAAGGCCCAGUAAUAUGCAGUGGCAGUGCCAAGCGGGCGCAAUGCCAGCAAUGCCACGCGCCAUUCCAACUGCAAGGGGCUCUGGACACUUUGGAGCGUGCCAACGAGAUGCUAUUACAAGCGGAUCGCGCGCCAUCAGUAGAGGCCCGCAUCGAGCACGCCUACGCCGCGUACAAGCUGAAACAGCAAGUGUUGCACCGCCACCAUGCCUCGCUGCGCGCCGCCGCCGACCGCCUAGCUAGACACUACGCCGACGCCGGCGAGUUCACUAAGAGCGUGGAGCUGAUCAAGCAGAACAUCCAAACCCACGAAUAUCAAUACGGCUCCUUUAGCGUCGAGGUGGCGCACGAGCUGCGGAAGCUGUCGGACGUGAUGCUGGAGAGGGUCUUCAACUCGCAGCAGAACCCAGACUACCGAGACUGGCUCCUGGAGACCCACAAGAUCUUGAACAAGGCCGUGCAGCUGACCUCGCUGAACUACGGGUCUUGGGAGCCGCUGGUGGCGCGCCUGCGGGCGCACGCGGCGCUCGCGGCCGCCCUGCUCGCCGAGAGCCGCGAGCCGCAUGUGCACUCCGUGCACCAACAGCUGCAUUACAACCUUAAGAUAUAG